AUGCUGGCCGAAAGUAAUAAAGAAAUGAAAAGUGCAACCGAAAAAUAUAGCUACGAUGAUGCUUUAAAUUUAGCAGGUUUCGGGAGGUAUACUUACUGGAUGCUGUGCUCGUGCAACCUGCUCAUCCUGGCGAUGUACCUGGAUAUCUUCGGGUUCUCUGUGGCUCUGCCGGCGGUCGCCUGCGAUAUGGCGCUCACCAUUACACAGCAAGGCCUGCUCUCAGCUGUGCCUUUGAUUGGAGUGAUGCUAUCGUCAUAUGCAUGGGGUCUGUGCGCCGAUACCCUCGGUAGACGUAGAACCCUGCUCAUAGCGAUGCCGAUAGGCGCUGUUCUAAAUCUAGCUGCCAAUGUGGCGCCAACGUACGCCUCUUUAGCUGUACUUAAAUUUCUAUCAGCUGGCUUCACAUCGUCAGCGAACGCCGCCGCGUUUGUACUACUCGGAGAGACGACGCCUGCGCGACACCGCAGCCGGUUCCUCUUCCUGAUGGCCAGUGCCACCAUGUACGUCCAACUCGUCAUAUGCUUGGUAGCAUUGCCAGUUUUCGAGCUCUCCUUCGACGUUCACAUCCCAUUGAUGUCUAUGCGCUACCGACCCUGGCGACUGCUCAUGCUAAUCAUCAGUUUUCCCGGCAUCCUUGGCGUGAUAAGCAUGGUCUUCUUACACGAAAGCCCUAAGUUCCUGCUCAGUUCAGGCAGAACGGAAGACGCUCUUGUUGGACUGACGAAAAUUUACAAUUAUAAUUUUGUUGGAAAAAACGAUUACUCUGUCAAAGAAGUGUUCUUAGAAGAGUCGACAGUCAAUAUUCCUAAUGACGUAUCGUUCGUGCGUAAGAUAUGGAACCAAACAGCUCCCCUCUUCAAACCUCCGCUUCUAAAGAAUUCGUUAAAACUUUACUAUUUGCUACUGAGUGCUUAUAUGACGUCGACGGGCUAUACAAUGUGGGUGCCUACAAUGACAAAUGCAUACUUCAACGGUGAAGACAACUCUGGAAAAACGUUUUGUGAAGUCGCCAGCACUGCCUCUUCUAACUCGUCUGCAGACUGCAACAAUGUCGUUCAGCCACUAACCUUGUACGCAGUGGCUUGUUAUUCUGCAGUAUCUGGCAGCCUCAAUAUUAUACUUUCAUUUGUGGUCGGCAGCGUAGGAAAAAAGAAAAUAACAAUGAUCGUAUUCACUGUAUCCGUACUCAGCGGUUUGGCGCUCAUUUUCGUGACACUUCCGCUACUUAGUAUUACCCUAUUUUAUUUCUUCAACUACGUCUCUCUUAUCUUGGGUACUGUCAAUACAUACUUAGUUGAGUUAAAUCCAACUUACUUAAGGGGAAUGGCUACAUGUUUGUCUGUAGUAGUCGCGAGAGGAUUCGGCUUCAUUAGUGUACAGCUAAUUGCAUCGCUCCUUGCAGAUCAUUGUACACCCAUGAUAAGUGGAUACGUCGUUUUAGUUAUAUCUGGAUUGGCAGUAACUUUUUUACUUCCGGCAGAUGAAACAAUUAAAGCGGACUCUAAUGAUAUCGUAAAAAAACCGAAUGAACCAACAAAAACACGGUGCUGA